AUGGCGAACACAGCUGGAAAAUCGCAGGAUCCCAAGAUCACAAGAAAAUCCAACACUUCUCUGGACCAGUCAGAGUUGUCUGACGAGCUACUGGCAGCUACAGGCGAAUCAGAACUGGAUGAGACACUUAUGGACUCCACUACAGCCACGGCGGAGCUCGGCUGGACGGUCUACCCCGUGUCAGGGUCCAGUGACAAUAGCUGGGAGGAGGUGAGCGGUUACGAUGAAAACAUGAACACCAUCCGGACCUACCAGGUUUGCAAUGUUUUCGACAACAAUCAGAACAACUGGGUACGGACGAAGUACAUCCGGCGUCGUGGCGCCCAGCGGAUCCACGUGGAGAUGAAGUUCUCGGUGAGGGACUGCAGCAGCAUUCCCAACGUGCCGGGCUCCUGUAAAGAGACAUUUAACCUCUAUUACUACGAAUCAGAUUCCGACACAGCCACCAGAACCUCGCCAGCUUGGAUGGAGAACCCCUGGAUCAAAGUUGACACCAUUGCAGCGGACGAGAGCUUCUCCCAGGUGGACCUAGGGGGCAGAGUGAUGAAGAUCAACACCGAGGUCCGGAGCUUCGGUCCCGUGUCACGAAACGGCUUCUACCUGGCCUUCCAGGACUACGGCGGCUGCAUGUCGCUCAUCGCUGUACGCGUCUUUUACCGGAAGUGCCCCCGCAUCAUCACCAACGGCGCCUUGUUCCAGGAGACGCUCUCGGGAGCAGAGAGCACCUCCCUGGUGGCUGCAAGAGGUGUUUGCAUCCCCAACGCGGAGGAGGUGGACGUGCCCAUCAAGCUGUACUGCAACGGAGACGGAGAAUGGAUGGUACCCAUCGGACGCUGCAUGUGCAAGGCUGGGAACGAGGCCGUGGAGAAUGGGACUGUUUGUCGAGCCUGUGCGUCUGGCUUUUUCAAGCCGACCCAGAAGGAGGAACCCUGUAUGCAGUGUCCCAUCAACAGCCGCACCACCAGUGAAGGCGCCAUGAACUGCGUCUGCCGCAACGGAUACUACCGCACCGACUCCGAUCCUCUCCAGAUGCCGUGCACAACCGUCCCCUCGGCUCCGCAGACCGUCAUCUCCAGCGUGAACGAAACCUCGGUGAUGCUGGAGUGGUUGCCUCCCCGGGACUCGGGGGGCCGCGAGGACGUGGUCUUCAACAUCAUCUGCAAGAGCUGCGGCGGCGGCCGGGGGGGCUGCACCCGCUGCGGGGACAACGUGCAGUUUUUGCCCCGUCAGCUGGGCCUGACGGAACCCCGGGUCUACAUCAGCGACCUGUUGGCCCACACGCAGUACACGUUUGAGGUGCAGGCUGUCAACGGGGUGUCGGAUCAGAGCCCCUACUCUCCUCAGUACUCCUCAGUCAACAUUACCACUAACCAGGCUGCCCCGUCCACAGUGUCCAUAAUGCACCAGGUCAGCCGCACGGUGGACAGCAUCACCCUCUCCUGGUCCCAGCCUGACCAGCCUAACGGAGUCAUCCUGGACUAUGAGCUGCAGUAUUAUGAAAAGGACCAAUCGGAAUAUAACGCCACCGCCAUCAGGAGCCAGACCAACACGGUGGUCAUCCGCGGCCUCAAGCCAGGAAGCAUCUACGUGUUCCUGGUCCGGGCCCGCACCGUAGCCGGCUUUGGACGCUACAGUGGCAAACUGUACUUCCAGACCAUGACUGAAGCGGAAUACAACACCAGUAUUCAGGAGAAGCUACCUCUCAUCAUCGGCUCGGCAGCAGCUGGCCUGGUCUUCCUCAUCGCUGUGGUCGUCAUCAUCAUCGUCUGCAACCGGCGUGGCUUUGACCGGGCUGAUUCAGAAUACACGGACAAACUGCAGCACUACACCAGCGGCCACAUGACUCCAGGAAUGAAGAUAUAUAUUGAUCCGUUCACAUAUGAGGACCCCAACGAGGCUGUGAGGGAGUUUGCCAAGGAGAUUGAUAUAUCCUGUGUGAAGAUUGAACAGGUCAUUGGUGCAGGAGAGUUCGGAGAGGUGUGUAGCGGAAACCUGAAGAUCCCAAGUAAAAGGGAGAUGUUUGUGGCCAUAAAAACCCUGAAGUCUGGCUACACUGACAAGCAAAGGCGGGACUUCCUCAGCGAGGCCAGCAUCAUGGGCCAGUUCGACCAUCCCAACGUCAUCCACCUGGAGGGCGUGGUCACCAAGAGCAGUCCUAUCAUGAUCUUCACCGAGUUCAUGGAGAACGGGUCUCUGGACUCCUUCCUCAGACAAAACGACGGGCAGUUCACGGUGAUCCAGCUCGUCGGCAUGCUGCGCGGCAUCGCCUCGGGCAUGAAGUACCUGGCCGACAUGAACUACGUGCACCGCGACCUCGCUGCCCGAAACAUCCUGGUCAACAGCAACCUGGUGUGCAAGGUGUCCGACUUUGGUCUCUCGCGCUUCCUGGAGGAUGACACAUCGGACCCCACCUACACUAGCGCUCUGGGAGGGAAGAUUCCUAUCCGAUGGACUGCACCCGAAGCUAUCCAGUACAGGAAGUUCACCUCGGCCAGUGAUGUGUGGAGCUACGGGAUCGUCAUGUGGGAAGUCAUGUCGUACGGAGAGAGGCCUUACUGGGACAUGACCAAUCAAGACGUCAUCAACGCCAUCGAGCAGGACUACCGGCUGCCUCCACCCAUGGACUGUCCCAGCGCGCUGCACCAGCUCAUGCUGGACUGCUGGCAAAAGGACCGCAACAACCGGCCCAAGUUCAGUCAGAUCGUCAACAACCUGGACAAGAUGAUCCGCAAUCCCAACACGCUGAAGGCCAUGACCCCGUUAUCUUCAGGCGUUCACCUCCCCCUCCUGGACCGCAGCAUCCCAGACUUCUCCAGCUUCAGCACUGUGGACGAGUGGCUGGAUGCCAUCAAGAUGGGCCAGUACAAAGACAAUUUUGCCAGCGCUGACUAUUCCACAUUCGACGUGGUGUCCCAGAUGACCAUGGAAGACAUCCUGAGGGUUGGUGUGACGUUAGCGGGCCAUCAAAAGAAGAUCCUCAACAGCGUCCAGAUGAUGCGGGCACAGAUGAACCAGAUCCAGUCAGUGGAGGUCUGA